AGGUUCGGGGUGCCGGGGCCGCCCCGCUCCCGCUGCCAUGGCGCGGCCGCCCCGCCGGGGCUGAGGGAGCUGCCAUGGCCGCCGCGCUGCGGGCCGCGCUCUGCAGCGGGUUCCUGCUCCUCGUUUCUGGAAUGGUCCCAGAGCCCCGGAAUGUGAGAAUUACUUCAGUCAAUCUUCACAGCACCUUGCAGUGGGAUGCACCAAGGUUCCCCCGAGGAAACCUCACCUACACUGUCCAGUCCAAGAGCAUCUACUACCCUGGGGACACCUUUGAGACGCUGGGGACAGAGCUGAGGCUGCCCUGGUGUGACGUGUCCUCGCUGUCACCCUACGGCAGCUACAUGCUGCGCCUGCGGGCCGAGGCAGGAGAGCUGCACUCCUCCUGGGUCACCCUCACCUUCAAGCCCAUGGAUGACACCUCCAUCGGUGCCCCCGAGGUUCGGCUGCGCCCGGAGCAGGGGGCGCUGCACGUGGAUCUCUCGGGGCCCUUUGCGGAGCUCGGCCAGGACCGGUGGCCCCUGCGGCUCUACUACGGCUCCUGGAGCUACAGGAUCCUCUACUGGAGGAAGGGCAGCACGGACACAGACCCGGCCUCUGCUUCCCGGGUGGCUCAGGUGGACACCAGGCACAGCUCAGAGAUCCUGGCCCAGCUGGAGCCAUGGACAGUUUACUGUGUCCGAGUGCAGGCGCUGAUUCCCGAGUGGAACAAGACAGGGCAGCUGAGCAGGGAGCUCUGUGAGCAGACAACCCACAAUGGUGUAACCCCUGUGUGGAUCAUUAUGACUGUUCUGGUGGGGUCCAUGCUGGUCGUGGGCACAGCUGUCACCGUUUGUUUCUUCUCCAGUUUUUAUCUGUACAGACUCAUCAAACAUGUUUUCUGCCCUUCCUACCUUUUCCCAGAACACUUGAAAGAGUUUCUGAGCAAACCCCCUGGUGCUCCACAGCCUUUCCCUCCCCGAGAAGAGCUCCUGGUUUGUGACAAGCUGACAGUGAUUUCAGAGCAAUCCCAAAGCCUCCCUGAAGGGGCUGGAGAUGGGCCCAGCAGGACACCAGAGCUCCCUCAGCACUCUGCUCAAGGAGACUGACUCAGGAGUGGGAGCAGCCUCAGGAAAAGCCCAAAUAUCCUCCUCGUUCUUCCUUGGAAAAGGAGAAGCAAAUGGACUUUUGGGUUUAUCUCAUUGCUGUUUUCCAGCAGGAAAAACCCACAGGCAAACACGGGGUCACAGACUUUUGACAGAAUCAUUUUAUUUUUUCAGGUACAAGAAACUUGGCUCUAAAGGAGGAAUUAAAUGAUCCAUAACUUUUGCUACUGCUGGUUGUGGCUCUCUGAGCGGUUGUAGCAAUUCAGGCACUGAUUAUGACACUAAAAAGGAAAUGUCAUAUUUAUAUAUAAUACUAAUUAAUUUAACUUUGAUGAACUAUUUAUUGCAAAAACUAAUCAGAAUGUUUAUAAAAGAAAAUAGUAUUUUGUAAGGAAAGACCUGGUUUAUUUUUAAGAAAAGAUCUGUUUAUUUGUUUUCUAAUGAGAAAUGAUGUGUUUUUAAGGAUAUUCCCAUUGGGAUCAUCUUUCUAUGGAAUUUAUUCUUCCCUGAUACAAAGUUGUGAAGUUUUGAGGGUGGGAUGAACUGAUGUCUGUGGGAAACUUGGCAGCUGAAGUGGGAGUUAAAUGAGGUUUAUUUUAAUUAUCUGCUGAUGUGUAUUCUUAAUUUGAGAAAUCUGGGGAACUGUGACUUCCUGCUCCAAAGCCAGCCUCACCUGCACAGCUGGGUAAAGGCUGGACCCAGCACUGGGGCAGAAGUGGGACCUUGGCACUGGGUUUGUGUCACUGCAUCAAAGUGAGAGUGAGAAAUUAAAUUCUGUCACCAAAGGAA